AUGGAGGCCAAUUCACUCCACUUGGGAGGUGAGUCGCACUUCAAGGACUUUCCAAAACUCACAUCUUCUCGGCCAGAUGCAGCUGUUGCCAACUUCAAGCUGAGGUCUCUACCUGAGAAGUCAUCACUGUCAUCUGAGCCCCAUGUCCACCUCUCUGAUGAUUUGGCUCCUGAGCCAGCAAGACAGCUGGCUCCCAGGGAGAAACUUCCUCUGAGUAGCAGGAGACCUGCUGCGGUGGGGGCUGGGCUCCAGAACAUGGGAAACACUUGCUACGUGAAUGCUUCGCUGCAGUGCCUGACAUACACACCACCCCUUGCCAAGUACAUGCUGUCCGGGGAGCACUCUCGAACUUGUCAUUGCCAGAAGUGCUGCAUGCUGUGUACUAUGCAAGCUCACAUGACGCAGGCCCUCCACCAUCCUGGCCACGUCAUCCAGCCCUCACAGGCAUUGGCUGCUGGCUUCCAUCACAGGCAGGAAGAUGCCCAUGAAUUUCUCAUGUUCACUCUAAAUGCCAUGAAAAAGACAAGACUUCCCAGCCACAAGCAGCUAGAUCAUCACUCAGAGUACACCACCCUCAUCCACCAAAUAUUUGGAGGCUACUGGAGAUCUCAAAUCAAGUGUGUCCACUGCGAUGGCGUUUCAGACACCUUCGACCCUUACCUGGACACCGCCCUGGGUAUCCAGGCCGCCCAGAGUGCAAAGCAAGCUUGGGAACAUCUGGUGAAGCCUGAAGAACUCAAUGGAGACAGUGCCUAUCAUUGUGGUACUUGUCUCCAGAAGGUGCCGGCCUCCAAGACGUUAACUUUACACACCUCCCCCAAGGUCCUCAUUCUUGUAUUGAAGAGAUUCUCCCAUGUCACGGGCCACAAACUGGCCAAGAAUGUGCCAUAUCCUGAGUGCCUUGACAUGCAGCUGUCUCAGCAGAACACAGGACCUCUUCUCUAUGUUCUUUAUGCUGUGCUGGUCCACACUGGGUGGAGUUGUCACAAUGGACAUCACUUCUCUUAUGUCAAAGCAGGAGCUGGGGAUGGCCAGUGGUAUAAAAUGGGUGAUGCUGAGGUCACUGCCUGUGGCGUUACUUCUGCCCUGAAUCAACAGGCCUGUGUUCUCUUUUACAUCCGGAAGACUGAAUUGGAAAGAGACAGUGAGACUGUGUCAAUAGCCAGGGAACCAAGAGCCCUUGGAACUGAAGCCACACACAGGGGAGCAACCCAAGGAGACCUCAAGAGACCCGGCCUCCAGGUCCCUGACUCGAAAGAGCUCUUGGAGGAAAGAGCCACUGACGAAACCACCUUAGACCACUGGAAAUUCUUCCAAGAACAAAACAAAACAAAACCAGAGUUCAACAUCAGAAACGUCAAAUGGACGCGGCCUCCCAAUGUACUUGUGAUUCAUCCAUCGAAAUACAAGAGUGGGAUGAAAAACCAUCAUCCUGAACAGCAAAGCUCCCUGCUGAACAACUCCUCCGGGAGCCUGACAGAUCACGAGUCCAUGCACACCGGCACUCUCGCUUGUCUGAAAGGGAGGGCCAGGAGACCCAAAGGGAAGAACAAGCACAGCAAGAGGGCUCUGCCCGUGUGCCAGUGA